UGUGUUUAGCUGGAGGAAGAGUAGGAAAAAGGAAGGUUACUGUGCUUGACUGGUGCUGGGAGCAUCCCUCCCUGAGGUGCUGGGGAAAAGAUCAGGCGUGUUCCUUGCUGGGGACAUGAUGAAGUCAAGCAGGCUGGGUUUUGGUGGGGCUUAGGGAGUGCAACUCAGACCUGCCUAGAGCCAAGCCUUCCCCCCCCCCCCCCAGAUAUGCCUGCAGCAGGCUUCUUGCCUUUGUGCCUUUCCAGUGCUAUUUUUGUCAAUGCAGACUGUAGAAGCAAUUAUAUUCAUCUCUUUGCUUGCGUAUUUAUUUUUCCUCCAUGAGGUUAGCUCUCUGAGGUGUAAUUCCCAUGAGCAUUGCUCCCUGGGCAGACUCUGAGCAGGUUGCAUGGCUGUGGGAGGGUGGCCACAGUGGGCAGCGCUCCCGCUGGCUGCUCCUGUUCCAUCUCCAAUGGGGAUUGGCAUUCCCCACUCACUUGGAGGCAAUCGGGAAGCAGGUCCUGCCCAGGGAAAGCAAGGCAUCUGCUACUGGGUGAAACUUACUUUUCUGGCUUCUUUCAAAACUAAAAUGUAGAUUUGUUCAAAUACAAAAAGAAGGACUUGGAUCUCUGAAGGGGUUGGGUGACCCCAUCAAGAGGUUGCUGGAGAUCAGCCUUUCUUCUCCCCACUCACCCAUGUGGACGCAGACACCUGUAUGGUUUGGGGUAGCUGGAAAGCAAGUCCUUGCCAUGUUUUGCUGUUCCUAGAGAAAGCAGCCAUGAGGACUGCCCUGGUCUUCGCCUGCCUGGUGGGGAUAGCAUGUGCCUUUUCGGUCAAGAGCUGGCUGCGGCGAGCCAAGCUGGAUGACUCAGAAGAAAACGCGGUGCUCAAGAGCAGGCAUCGGUAUUACCUGUACAGAUAUGCCUACCUGUAUCCCCCACAGCAACGGUACCAGGGCAGUGACUCAUCGGAGGAAGAGGGGGACGGCUCAGAUGAGGAAGAGGAGGAAGGGUGGAAGCCAUCCCAUGGUGGCACCAAGGCAGACGGCCACCUCAUCGGAGCAGCCCCUGGAGACAGCAAGGGUGGGCUGGGAGGAGACCUUGCAUGCCCCCAGCAGGGCAAGGGCUGCCAAGGGCCCCUAAAGGUGGGCAGGAACGGCACUGUGGGCAAGGGUGUUGACUCUGAAAACGAAGACAGUGAUGAGAAUGAAGAGGAAGAGGAGGAAGAGGAGGAAGAGGAAGAGAUAGCUGAGAAUGAGAGUGGCAUCAAUGGCACAAGCACCAACACCACUGAGGGAGCAGAUGGACCUCAUGUCAAUGGCACUGCAGUGGCUGAGGAGGGCACUGGUGCAGCUGAGGAGGAGGAGGAGGAAGAGGAGGAAGAGGAAGAAGAAGAAGAAGAGGAGGAAGAGGAGGAAGAGGAGGAGGAAACUGAAGCCACCACCAUUUCGAGCACCACCAACGAAGAAGGGCUGACCCAGGCAACCACCACAGGAGAUGUGGCACCCACGUAUGCCACCACAGCCGGGGAGCAGUGGGAGUACGAGGUGACAGUCGGGAGCCAUGGCCGGGGGGACGAGGGCACCACCGACGGCAGCUAUGGGGAGCAGGAUGAAUAUGCCCGUGGGGACAGCUACCGGGCCUACGAGGAUGAGUACGGCUACUACAAGGGGCACGGCUAUGAUGUGUAUGGCCAGGAUUACUACUACAGCCAGUGA